UAUACAUGACACUGCAACCUCAACACGCAAACAUUAUCAUCAUCAUACCGUCACCACAACCAAAUCGGCACGGCAACGCGGCGUCAACUGUACUUGACCGUCGUAUCGUUUCAUCUGCUGCUUCUUUGGGAAUCAAGCCAGUAUGUCGAUGAGCGGCAGCUUGAUGGGCUACGAGAACAACAACGACGUGCACAACCACCACCACUACCACCACCAUCACCAGCACCAAGCCGGUAGCGGGAAGCUGAAAAAGCCGGUGAAAGCACUGCCGGUCGUGACGAGCGUCAACGCGGCCGGGGCUACCUCGUCUUCCGCGUCCUCGAGACCGAAAAGGCGCGGGGUCUGCGGCCGCGGACACGUCAACAGUCUGUGGUCCGUGUGGUAUGGCAUCAUCGCCGUCGCUUUUCAGGCCUACAUCGCUGCCAGGUGCAUCAGGAGAUUCAUCGCAUUUUUGUCCCUGCCGUGGCCAGCGGACGCGCCACCGCCAAAAAUCGAGCUCCACUUGUGUUUGGUGCUCGCGGCCACUGGGAUCCUUUUGCUCCCCUUACUGCUGGCUGCGGCGUUCCUCAAACUCGGCAAUCUCGCCAACGACGGGAUCAAGCUCGGCCGGCACGUCAGCACCUGCAGUAAGGACCCACCCUCGGCGCUGCUGAACAACAACGCCGACAGCAAUGGGCUGGUGCAUAAUCUUUGGCGUCACGGUGGUCCCACAGCCGCCUUUGUCCAUCUCUGCACAGCCAUGUGCUUCUUACUGCCAUCUCUGCUUAUGGAGGCACGGCUCAUACACGCUGGAUUUCUGCCAAAAGAUGCCAUUUGGCGCACAGACCUCGAUUGGGUCGUGGUGCACCGCGACCGGCUGGUGGUGCUCAGCUUCAUGAACAUUCCCGAGAACUUCAGCCUAAGCGUCAACCCGACGAGCUACUACAGUACCUCGCAGCCGUACCUCGAAGACGAGCUCGAUGACAUUAUCAACGGCACCAAUUUGGAAUCGGGGACGCACGUCACAACAGUCGGUCCCGUUGUCUCUUCCUCCGCGUCGUCGCCUGGCACCGAGGCUCCUCCGCCGACCUUCGACACGUCCUCUCCGACCGCCUCGACCACCACCGACAGAGAUCCAGAGUCCACCGUUCCCGACCUCCUGCCGUACGCUGGGCACGCGGUAGCUCCAACGCCAUCGCCGACAAGCAGUGCCGGAGUGCUUUUGUCGCUGCGGAGACCAGCGUCGGCGCGGAUGAACGCGAGAAACGUCCGGAACAGGCCAAAGUACAAGAAAAACAACGGGUCGUCGAGAGGUAGGUCGACCUCCGGCGCUCCCGGGCGAGCCGGGGGCAACAUGAGCGCCCAGAGCUUGCCCCUGACCUUCAACAGCCUUGCCGAUCUCGAUCGCCCGGAGAGCCUCAGCCGUGACGAGCUCGACGAGACGACCGAGGAGUACUACGGGCCGGUGACGCUCGAGUACCUCAACUACGCGAUGGCCCUGGUGGUCUACACGGUGCGAUACCCAGCUGUCUUUUGGGCCACCAACAAAGCCCUCGGCACGAUAUUCAGCGUCCAAUUGGUCGCCAAUUCCGCCCAGAGCCUACUCACUUACGCCGGCAUGUCGGUCCUCUACAAGGUCCAGGUGCUGGGGCCCCUCAAGGUUUUGCCGUUGCUGCGCCGGCGCGCCAUCCCCACGGCGAGCGCCCUCUCGAAUUUCCUGGGCGACCGUAUCUUCCUGCUGAAUCCCCACGUGACCCUCGUGCUCUUCGCCCUGUCCUCCCUCCUGGUGGUCAUCUGCUCGAGCAUGGUCAUGUACCUGUACGCCUACGGCAGGUACGCCACGUUCCUUAACCAAGAGCGCGAGCGCCGGGUCAUCCUGGCCAAGGAGAGCCGGGCCGAGGACACCAGCUGGACGUACAUAACGCACCCUGCUGCCCUCUGCGUCUUCCUGGCCAUCGGCAUAUGCAGCGCGCCCCUGCUCUACGAUUACUCGGUCGUCUACCGAGGGAGCCUCGACGGCGCCGUCCUCGCAUGCAUGCUCGCCUGCGUCGCCCACCUCGGCUUCUGGCUGAUGCUAUGGCUCGCGUUGGCCGUCAAGCGCCGCUGGACGUUCAAGGUCCGCGUGACCAUCGGCAGGGCCACGGUCAGAUCGGCCAGGUCCUUGAAGCUGGUCACCGACGUCGACCUCAUGACCGCCGGGGCCAGGGACGACGAGGAGUCCUUGGGCGCCGCUGCCCCGCUUCUCGUGGUCGGCAACGGCAGGACUUACACCGUCGCCGAGACUAGUCCCAAAAAGGCCAUAAUGGGGGUCAUCCAGAAGGCGGCGAUGGACCGCAAAGCCAGGGCGCAAGGUGGCGCGAUGAUGGACUCGACGGAUGGCGGUGACUCGGCGGCCGACGGGGACGAGCAGAUUUACUGGCUGAGGCCGAAAUUGAGGCCGUCGCCGGUGCCGAACGGUGGCGUAGCGAGCGCUGGUGGUGGUACGGCCAACGAUAAGGGCUGGCUGAAUAAAAAAAUCAAGCAGAAGGUCACCUUCAAUGACUUGCCCAGUACGUCGAGCUCGCGCAGUAAGGGAAAGGGCAGACGCGGUGUCGCUGAUGGCGGUGCUCCCGAGGACGACGGCGACUAUGCGACCCUGCGCGAACUACCUUUACACGAACUGAACGACGACACCAUAUCCGAGGAAAACAAGCUGCUGGAGUGCGUGAGCGAUGACCAAGUGACGUAUUACGCGAGCGGCAACCGAGACCUGCAACCUUCGGAAGAAGAGGCCUCACCCCUGAGUCCCGAACAGCCACUGCCAGACCCACCACCAGUUUCUUCGGUUUGCCUGCAAGUCGCGGACGUUGGCUUGCCUCUAUCCCUGCCGCCUCCGACGCCGACGUCUCAAGAAAUGUCCCUCGUUCACUCCACCAAUCCUCAGAUAACAAGUGGCCAGACGCCGCGUUGCCUCCAGCGCGCCGACUCUGGAAUGCCGCACGACGAACUGACGCCGCACUCGGACUCGUCGCGCUCGCCUCCCCUAUUGGACGGCCUAGCCGGUAACACCUGCGCAUCCUCCAUCUCGUCAACCAAUAACACCGAGGCUAGCAACAACAACAACAACAGCAGCAGCAGCGGCAGCACCAGUAGCAGCAGUGAUAGCACCACGUCGAGUGGAGUGCACAGCAACGCGAGUUCCCUGCAGCAGCAGCAACAACAACGCCGGGCCACGAGUGUGGAAGAUUUGCUCGCGAGCACCGCAACCCGGGAGGAGCUGACGUCGAACUGGCGCAGCUGUUCGCUCCAGCGCGGUGCUCAGCCACUCCCGCCCCCGACCUCCUCGUCACCUGCCAAGUUCAGCAACCCGGGCCGAGUGAUCGCCAACCCGACUGCCAAUUACGCGCCCAGCAGCUACGCCAGCAACAACAACAACAACAACCAUCACAAUGGCGUCGGCAACAACUUGUUGAUUAAUAACAAUAACAACGGUCUGGUGGCCGUUGGGGGUGAGAUGGGUGGCUGUCCGGCCGCGGCGGUGAUACUCGAGAACGAGGCCACGGUCGUCAUACGCCGGAAAAACUCGAGGCCCAAGCUCGUGGAGCCGCCCGCCCUGAGCGAGGAGCCCUUCGGCAGGUCCACCAACAUGAGGAUGACCUCGUUCACGGAGAACAACGACCUGAGAGCUAUACAGGCGUCCUCGGCGACUUUGCCGCACUACCCGACCCAGCCGGUUGUCAACGCCAGCAGCUACCCCCACUGCUCGACCAUGCCUCUACCGCACGGGUCGAGUAACGCGAACCACGGAGGAAGCAGCGCGAGCAUGUUUUCCAGCGCCGGUGGUAUCAUGAGCACCGGCUCCGCGGGAAGCUGUGGAUCCGUACCCCGGCAGAUUCUCGGCAGUGGUGGUAGCAACAGCAGCUUACCGAGCCACACGACUCUACCCUCGCACCACAAUGGCGUUCGGUUGAUGCUCCACAACGGUCCCACUUCCUUUGCGAAGCGCUUCCCGCCGGUCCCGCUACUGCAGGGAGCCGGUCAGCCAUGGCCUGUACUGCCCAGCGCCACGUCUGGUUCGAAUCUCCACAGCCUGCACCAUCACCACGCGCACCACACCUUUCCCCAGGCCCUCCAGCUCAACGCGCCGACAAACGGUCAUCAUUAUCAACAACAGCACAUACAACCCCAGCCUCACUCCGCCAGGCAAUCCGAUCGCGACUCGGCGAAUUUUUCGAUGGCCAGUAGCGGCGACUCGGAUACCUGCUUGCCACACUAG